AUGGCCAGAAAUAGUGUCAUUGAUACCCAACCAGACGCUGAGGCUGCAUAUACGGACAGCUACACUACAAAUGCUACUUAUACAACCUGGGCCUGUGAUACGCCACAGAACCAUCCUGAGCGAGGCCACAGCAUUGUCGGAAAUUACAUUGUACCGACAAUCCUCACAAACGUCAACCAUACCAUGGAAAUAAUGAACGCAGAAACGUUCGGUCCAUGGAUUCCAAUUAUGAAGGUCCGCUCCGACGAGGAUGCGGUCAAGUGGAUGAAUGACAGCGAGUAUGGGCUUUCUGCCAGCGUGUGGACAAAGGACCUUGUUGCUGGCAAGGAGAUCCUUAAGCUUCUCGAAGCUGGAACAGCGUUCAUCAACCGGUGCGACUAUCCUAGCCCAGAUCUGGCGUGGACUGGGUGGAAGAACUCGGGUAUGGGAUUUACGCUUGGUCCUCGGGCUUUUGAUCCCUUUAUCAAGUUGAAGAGCUACCAUGUGAAGGAGAGUCAGGGUUAAUUUGAGUUAUUGGAAAGCAGCUGACGACUUAAGAUGAAUUACUCACACGCCCUAGACCCGGUGGAUGUAUUUAGGAUCAUCCUAUCGCUGUGUUG